UUGUUGUUAUCAGCAAGUUCGAGCAUGGGUCUCGUUCGUGAAUUGCGGGUGACGGCCAAUUUAAGGUCGUCGUUGUACUUAUAAAAGUUGGUAGGUAUUAUUGUAAGUGGUCACUAUUUUGUUGAGACUCGACGAGUAUUCACAAUGUCGACGAUUUUGCCCUCCGCUAGUAAAACGGUCUUGAUCGGCCGUCCCGACUACCAAUUGCUCUUGGACGGAGUGAAACUAAUUAGUUUGGGAUUGUCCAGAAAAGAAGACACGGCGGCGGCCGAGUUAAAAAAUUUGGAAAUUGAUAAAAACUAUUUGUUGGGCUUGCACUGUACUACGUGUCAAAUAGCGUUUGAACUGUCUGAAGAACACAGAGCACACUAUAAGUCAGACUGGCAUCGGUACAAUUUAAAGCAAAAAAUACGUAACAGACAAACAAUCGACGAGCCAAAGUUUCUUGCUCUAGAAAAUAAAGCUAAUGACAGCUCAUCCAGUUGUGAAAGUGAUGAUGAGAUCAAUGCUUACAAUUCACAUUUUUCGAUUGAUUCAAAAUUAUUUUUUGAGAAUAAUUCUGGCAAUGCUUUUUCUAUUUACAGAUGUUUAUUGACUAAUAAAAAAGAUAUUCCAAACGAAGAAGUAGUGGUUAAUUCAUUGAAGUCCAUCAGUUCUAAACCUAUGUGGUUUAUUGUUAUGUUAGGCGGUGGUCGUUUUUCAGCAGCUAUAUUUAAAGGUGGAGAAGCAAUUGCUCAUAAAACUUUUCAUUCAUAUACUGUAAGAGCGAAACAAGGUGGUUCUCAAAGUACACAAGAUCGAUCAAAAGGUGGAUGUAAAAGUGCUGGUGCAAGUUUACGUAGAUAUAAUGAAGCAUCCCAAUUAAAACAUAUUCAAGAAAUAUUAUCAUCAUGGCUGCAUCAUAUAAAAUUAUGUGACCUUAUAUUUUAUCGGGCAAUUGGUCCAAAUAAUCGAAAUAUUCUAUUUGGCGGUUCAAACCCAUUAAUUGAUAAAAAUGACAGUAGACUAUGUCAAAUACCAUUUGGAACCAAAAAGGCUACUUUUGCAGAAGUACAAAAAGUUUAUAACCAACUAUCAACUGUUUUAGUAUAUGAUUCACAAGAAAUUAUUAAUAAUUCUAUUAAAAAUUAUGUAUUAAAGUUAUUUAAGAAAAGAAAAAAUACCGAAUCCAGAACAAAAAAAAUCGCGGAGAAACCUAUUAAAGACAUUCAAAAUUCAAAUGAAAAAGUUUCAGAAAAUAAUGUACCAUCUUCAUCGUCAGAUUCCAGUGAAAAUGAUGAAGAAAAUGAAACUGCAGAACCUCCUCAAAGUAAAAUAUUAUGUGAGAACAAUAACAGUGUAGUUACAAAUGGUUUGAAAAAUAAGAAACGCAAGAAGAGAAAGAAGAAACCCAAGGACACAAUUAUUGUAAAAUGUGCUGAAGUUGAAGAAGUAAAAAAACGUUUAUUGCAAACAAUUGAAGAAAAAAAUUCUGAAGCUUUAAGCAAAUACCUUUUAUUGGAAGAUACUCAUGAUUUUAUGACUAAAGAAAAUUUAGAAAAAAGUUUAAAUGAAACUGUUGAUGAAUCAAAUAACACUUUACUUCAUUUAGCCUCUGCUAACUGUCUGCAUGAUCAUAUUUACUUACUUUUACAACAUGGAUCGAAUCCAAUUCAUAAAAAUAAAGACGCCAAGACACCAUAUGAAUUAGCACCAGAUAAAUCAACUAGAAAAGUGUUUAGGAAAUUUAUGGCUAUUUUCCCUGAUAAAUAUGAUUAUGAUAAAUCAAGGUUACCAGGACCAUUAACAGAAGAGUUACAAGAAGAAUUGAAAGAAAGAAAAAAAGCUAAACAAAAAAGAGCCAAAGAAAGAAAGGUGGUUGAAGAAUUAAAAAAAGAAGAAGAAAUUCAAAAGCAGAAGUUUCUUCAAUUAUCUGACAGAGAAAAAUGUGCGAUAGCAGCAGAAAAACGAUUUAUGGCAGUUCAAGGGACAUUUAAAUUAUUGCGAUGCUUCUAUUGUGGCAAAAAUAUAGAAGAAAAGUAUCCUUUUGAGUACAUGGAUUAUAAAUUUUGCAGUGUGCAAUGUGUCAAAAAUCAUAGACAAAAAAAUAUUGUAUCGUAAUAAAAAUUUUAUUUUAAACAAAUAAAUGCUUAAUUCCAUACAACUGAUUUAUGUUUACUCAGAACCCACAAAUGUAUUUACUUAAAUAAUAUGUUGCAACCCCAACUAAUUGUCCAAAAUAAAAUCACCGAGGAGUAGUUUUUAUAUUUCUUGUAAGUUUAAAUUAUAUAGUAGCUAUAUAAUAAUAAUUAUUCUAAGAAAUUGAGUGUGUUGUGUAAAUGUCAUGUUUUUAGAACUUUAUUAAAUUUAUUGUUUAUUUUU